GCAUUGGCAGCGCGCUGCCAGGCUCGCCUGCCUCUUCCUCCGGGGCUGACAGGGCGAUGGGGGGGCCGGAGUGAAGCAGCCGCCAAAGGGGCGGGCGGCGGGAGGGGAGGAGGAGCGGCAGCAGCAAGCCAGCAGAGGCAGCCGCGGCGGCGGAGGGGAGACGAGAGCGCAGGAGGCCCCCCCGCUGCAGCCCAGCAGAAGGAACCACUGCAGAGGAAAAGGGGGAAGGAGGAAAGAAAGGGAGAGGGGGAGAAAACCUUUAAAAAGAAAAGAAAAAGAAAGAUCUAAUCUGUCACAUUCCAACAUUUUCAUGGAGAUCACAACCCCCCAGCAAGCAGAGGAGCACCGGGGCUCAAUUGACCGGAGACCCUCGCAUCAAAAUGCUGAUAGUCGAAAAGACAACUGACUACCCGGCCGCCGAAUACUCUUUGGUGGAGGAUGUAGCCCUCCACUUCACGUGUUUGAUGGACAGACUGAACGAGCAGCGCCUCUUUCAACCGGACCUGUGCGACGUGGACAUCGUCCUGCUGCAGCAGAGGAACGUCUUCCCGGCUCACAAGGGGGUCCUCGCCGCCUACAGCCACUUCUUCCACUCUCUCUUCACCCAGAACAAGCAGCUGCAGCGGGUGGAGCUCUCCCUGGAGGCCUUGACCUCCCAGGGCCUCCAGCAGAUCCUCAACUUCAUCUACACCUCCAAGCUCCUGGUCAAUGCCUGCAACGUGCAGGACGUCCUGAACGCGGCCGCCGUCCUGCAGAUGAGCGACAUUGCGUCCUCCUGCCAGGAGCUGAUCAGCACCAGGUCCCUCGGCUUAGCCAUGGCCAGCAAUAUGGCGCUGCCUCCGGACAGCUGUGCCAAAGGCGUCCCGUCUCAGUACUACUGCAACAUCAAGCAGGAGAUGGACCCAGCGCCGCACCCCAAGAUCUACGCUCGGGAAGGGAACGACCCCUACUCUGUGCGGGUUGAGGACGGCGUGGCAUGCGGGGGCAACCAGAACCUGCCUGCCGUGGCUGGCAAGAAGUAUUACAAGGAGGAGAAAGAUGGCAGCCCGCCCGUCUGCAAGGUGGAGGGCGAAGAGCCCGAUGUGGCCCUGGGCAGCCAAAGCUCUUACAACCGGGGAGAGCAGAUCAUUGUGGAGGUCAACCUCAACAAUCAAACCCUCAACGUCUCGAAAGGGACGGAGGGGAAGUCUCCGGCCGCUGACCAGACGGCCGGCAUCGCUGCGGUGAUUGGGCGGCCCGAAGGGGAAGGGCGUGGCGCAGACGAGGAUGGCGAGGAGGAAGAGAACGGGGAAGGAGAGGAGGAAGAGGAUGACGGCGAGGUGGGGGAGGAGGAGGAAGAGGAGGAGCACAGCGAGGAGGAAGAGCUGGAGGAGACCACCGAGGAGGAGGACGAGGAGGAGGAGGAGGAAGACGGCGAGGAGGUGGCGGACAUCAAGAGGGAGAGGUCCGGGCUGCCCCACAAAGCCAGCAGGCCCUCCAAGGCCACCCAGGCCGCUGCCUCCACCAGGUCCCAGGAGGCGGUUGCUGUGACGAUGGAAGACGAGGUGGAGGAAGCGGAGGAGGAAGGGGAGGACCAGAGAGGAAGGAAGAGGAAGAAGGAGCCGGACGGGGUGGGCCAGAAGGUGAAGUUGGAGGAGAAGCAGCAUUACCCCUGCAAGAAGUGCCCCCGGGUUUUCAACAACCGCUGGUACCUGGAGAAGCACAUGAACGUCACCCACAGCCGCAUGCAGAUCUGCGACAAGUGUGGCAAGCGGUUCCUGCUGGAGAGUGAGCUGCUGCUGCACCACCAGACGGACUGCGAGAAGAACAUCCAGUGCAUCACUUGCGGGAAAGCCUUCAAGAAGCUGUGGUCUCUCCAUGAGCACAACAAGAUCGUCCACGGCUACGCGGAGAAGAAGUUCUCCUGCGAGAUUUGCGAGAAGAAGUUCUACACGAUGGCGCAUGUCCGGAAGCACAUGGUCGCCCACACCAAGGACAUGCCGUUCACCUGUGAAACGUGUGGGAAGUCGUUCAAGCGAAGUAUGUCUUUGAAGGUCCACUCUCUGCAGCACUCGGGGGAGAAGCCUUUCAAAUGUGAGAACUGCAACGAGAGGUUCCAGUACAAGUACCAACUCCGUUCUCACAUGAGCAUCCACAUCGGUCACAAGCAGUUCAUGUGCCAGUGGUGCGGGAAGGACUUCAACAUGAAGCAGUACUUUGACGAGCACAUGAAAACACACACAGGCGAAAAGCCAUAUAUCUGCGAGAUCUGUGGGAAGAGCUUCACCAGCCGGCCCAACAUGAAGCGCCACCGCCGGACGCACACGGGCGAGAAGCCCUACCCUUGCGACGUCUGCGGGCAGCGCUUCCGCUUCUCCAACAUGCUGAAGGCCCACAAGGAGAAGUGUUUCCGGGUGAGCAACCCCGUAGCCUCGGACCCCAACGGCAACAACGCCAUCGGCCUCACCGCUCCCCAGGCCGCCGGCUCGCCUCAACUGACCACGGGCGUCCCGCUGCAUGGCACGCCGCAUUCCCAUGCGCUCUCCUUGCCCCUCAUGCAUGUGCACGCACAGAGCAUCCCUCCUCCGCCGCUCUUGCCGCCGCCGCCGCCUCUCUUCCCAGGCAGCAGAGUGAACUUGAACAACUAGGCCCUCGCCCAGCUGUUGAGCGUGCGGGCGCAGAACCGGCCUGUAAUCCAGUAAGUGCCCAGCAGGUGUCAGUCACGAAUGUCGUGGGCAGCCGUUGGUUUGGGUUUUUCUUCUUCGACAGGGCCUGGUCUUUUGCCUCCAGCUUGAAGAGGUUGAGGUUCUCAACUCAAGCCAUCUUUGCUGCUUGAGUUGCGUAGAAUUUGAAGGUCACGUUAUGUUUUCUUCACGCGUGGAAGGCUGUAGACCAAAUGCCGCUGCCGUCCAUUUUUUGGGGCUCUGAAGAUCUUGGGGUGUGCUAAAGGCUGUUCGACAGACCUUGUCGGUUUUGAUGGCUCAAAAGAGAGCAUUCUCUUCUCUAGCUUAUCCUGCCACGUCUGGUGGAGAGGAGAGGUUGAGUCCUUCUAGAUCAUCCUAUCUAGUCCUGUUCUCACAGUGGCCAACCAGAUUCCCUAAGGUGAAGCCCCUGAGUAGCACUCUCUCCCCAUUAACACCGGUCCUGAGAGAUCUGCAUUGGCUCCCAGUAUGUUUCCAAGCACAAUUCAGAGUGUUGGUGCUGAUCUUUAAAGCCCUAAACGGCCUC